CGCUGGGAGCGAGGCGCGGUGGGCGGGGCUCGGCGCGGUCGCCGCCAUCUUGAUGGGAGCGAAACAAUAGGACGGAAGCACCGCUGGACGGGCUGAGGCCGCAGAGCGUCCUGGCCCGCGCAACUGAGGAGCCAAGGCCAGACAGACAGACGCACGGACAGACGACAGACGGAGGACGCGCUGGCCGCUGGACCCUGCCGCCUCCCCCUUCUUUCUGCUGCCUGCGCCUGGAGGAUGAGCCCAGCCUUCAGGGCCAUGGACGUGGAGCCCCGCACCAAGGGCGUCCUGCUGGAGCCCUUUGUCCACCAGGUUGGGGGGCACUCAUGCGUGCUCCGCUUCAAUGAGACGACCCUAUGCAAGCCUCUGGUUCCGAGAGAGCACCAGUUCUACGAGACUCUCCCAGCCGAGAUGCGCAAAUUCACUCCCCAGUACAAAGGUGUGGUAUCUGUACGCUUUGAAGAAGAUGAAGACAGGAAUUUAUGUCUAAUAGCAUAUCCAUUAAAAGGGGACCACGGAAUUGUGGACAGUCUAGACAAUUCAGACUGUGAACCAAAGAGUAAGCUCCUGAGGUGGGCAAACAAAAAACAUCAUGUCCUAGAAACAGAAAAGAGCCCCAAAGACUGGGUGAGACAGCACCGGAAAGAGGAGAAGAUGAAAAGCCAUAAGUUAGAAGAAGAAUUUGAGUGGCUAAAGAAAUCUGAAGUCUUAUACUACAGCGUAGAGAAAAAGGGGAAUGUCAGUUCCCAGCUUAAACACUAUAACCCCUGGAGCAUGAAGUGUCACCAGCAGCAGUUACAGAGAAUGAAGGAGAAUGCAAAACAUCGGAACCAAUACAAAUUCAUCUUAUUGGAAAACCUGACUUCCCGCUAUGAGGUGCCUUGUGUCCUGGACCUCAAGAUGGGUACCCGCCAGCAUGGUGACGAUGCUUCAGAGGAGAAGGCAGCCAACCAGAUCCGCAAGUGCCAGCAGAGCACAUCUGCUGUCAUUGGUGUCCGCGUGUGUGGCAUGCAGGUGUACCAGGCAGGGAGUGGGCAGCUUAUGUUCAUGAACAAGUACCAUGGACGAAAGCUGUCAGUGCAGGGCUUCAAAGAGGCACUUUUCCAGUUUUUCCACAACGGUCGGUAUCUGCGCCGUGAGCUCCUGGGCCCUGUGCUUAAGAAGCUGGCUGAGCUCAAAGCCAUUUUGGAGCGACAGGAGUCCUACCGCUUCUACUCAAGCUCCCUACUGGUCAUCUAUGAUGGCAAGGAAUGGCCUGAGGUGGCCCUGGACUCAGAUGCUGAGGACUUGGAGGACCUGUCAGAGGAAUCAGCUGAUGAGUCUGCUGGUGCCUACGCCUACAAGCCCAUUGGCACCAGCUCAGUGGACGUGCGCAUGAUCGACUUUGCACACACUACCUGCAGGCUGUAUGGCGAGGACAGCGUGGUACAUGAGGGCCAGGAUGCUGGCUAUAUCUUUGGGCUCCAGAGCCUGAUAGACAUUGUCACAGAGAUCAGCGAGGAAAGUGGGGAGUGAGUUUGCUGGCUGCACCAGCACCUGAGAGACCCUCUGUGUCCCAGGCACAGCUGUGCUGCGUCGGGAAGGAGGCCAGUACGGCCAGGCAUUGGCCCCUGCAGCCUGGAGCUGAUGUGCAGAGGCCUCUGUGAGUCCUAGCCUGAGCCAGCCCCAACCGCGUUCGGAGUCUUAUUUAUUUUAACUAUUUCUUCAACAUUCCACAUUUGAUGAUGCAGAUACCUCUUUCUUCCCUGAGUGUAAAUGUUCUAAUACAAAUCUUUUUGUUAAUUGUA